AUGGACUUGGCCACAACGCUCAAGCAAUUUGAAGAGAUCCAGGGCUCGGGGGUUGAGCACACGGUUCCUUUGAAACAUUUUGCUCGCCUCAAGCUCUUUAGCGUGUUGCGUAUGAAAAAAGAGUUUGAGUUAAUAUUGACAGAAUUCAACAGUCAUCACAGAGAAAAAUCCGUAGAUUCGACAUCCUGGAUGUUCGCUGGGGCUCUGGAAGCAGCGACCAUUUUAGGUCGUCGACAGGAAGUUGUGAAGGACGUUUUCCAGCAAUUAUUGGGGAUAGAAGAAGAGGUGGAAGUGAGUGGAGAGAGUGUGUAUCAGACGCUGCUGGAGACCCAGGAACGUGGGCUGAAAUUGUCAGAUUUUGCCUGUCGAACCCUGACUGGCCAAUUCGAUGUGUUGCUUGCACUCGCCAAUGAUAUGCCACGCCAAGGACUCAAAUGGGACCAAUCAGUCUACAAAAUAGUUGCAUUGGCCCAUAUUCGCAACGGAUCUAUCGACAAAGCUCAGUACGAUUACGCUCUGGAAAUGUUCAAGACGUUGAUGGGUGAUGGUGCUCCGGGUGCGUGGGCUUACGUGAAGGCUUUAAACGCUGCUGUUAACGUCAAGAGCCACUCGUCUGUGAUCGAGAUCUUGCGUCAUAUGCAAGGGCAUGAGCAUCUUGUCAGCUAUGCACUUACUCCUAGCAACACGCUCAAUUCGUUGCUAGCUGGGUCAGAGGACAUUUGCAACGCACACAAGACGGGCAAACCUUUUCCGUACCAAGUGUCAAUGAGUGUGGAAGCGAAACAAUUCUCGGAGGUGCUAUCACUGGCUGCUGAUGCAACAGACCAAGGUUUAAAACUCACCCCGUCGAUGUGCCGCUGUGUUGUGCUGGCUCACAUUUGCAGCGGGUCAAUGCAACAAGCGAGGCAGCUAUUGGAUGGUAAUGCUGAGCGUAUGCAAAAUAGCAAUAUCAACGUGAAUGUCGAAGACUGGCUCAUGGCCUUGGAUCUAGCGCUGCAGCUUCCGGAUCGCGCGAUCUACUGGGAACAACUGCGCACGUUGCUGCGACUUCAUGGGAAAGUUUCGUUGAGCGAAUUCCGCUAACACCUUUUGCUGCCUGAAGAUAAUGGCCACCUCGACGCAGCAAGCUCGCGAUAGUUCUCUAUCUUUUUUAAAGGUAGACUUCGCUGCUUAUGUUAUGUUAGCUUGAACUGUAACGACU